UAUGGCUUCUACGAUAUUUCAGCGCGAGACACACUCAGCACGAAAACGUCGGUGUUUAGAGUGAAUUACCCCGUCUUCUGUUUUUGGCUCAUAUACUAGGGAAAUACUCGGGAAGGAUUCUACGUUCAGCAAUUAUUUGCUCCAGUGGGCAUUUUGGAGAGAAAUGUGCUUACAUUUUUUGUAAAUGUCAGCUUUCGACAACAGCUGUACAUGCAUGUAGUGUGAAAUUGUUUUGGUUUUGUAUUAUGUUUGCGUUGUUUUCUGGGCUAUGGAAAUACCUUUUCCAGAAAGACGAAUAUUGUAUUCUAAUUCUUGGCUUGGACAAUGCUGGGAAGUCGACUCUCCUUGAACAGAUAAAACGAAUGUAUGGCAAAAACUACAGUGGUCUACCAUUUGAGAAGAUCACAACGACUGUUGGACUCAAUAUUGGAAAAAUAAACAUAAAUCAUGUGAAGUUGAUAUUUUGGGAUCUUGGAGGUCAGCAAGAGCUACAAUCCUUAUGGGAUAAGUAUUAUGAAGAAUGCCAUGGUGUUAUCUUUGUUAUUGAUUCCACUGAUGAGACGAGAAUGGAGGAAUCUCAUCAGGCUUUUAACAAGGUGGUUCAAGAUCCUCAAUUACAAGGAAUUCCUUUGCUAAUUCUUGUGAACAAACAAGAUCUGGAGGGUUGUCAGGGAGCAGAAGCAAUAAAAAAUUUCUUCCAGGAUGACUCUCCCAGCACUGGACAUCUCGAUUAUUUUAUUCAGCCAACAUCUGCUUUAAGUGGAGAUGGGUUAGGCACUGGAAUUGAAUGGCUUGUACAAUCAGUAAAACGAAAUCUGGAACGACCACCUCGACAGAAAGACAUCACAUAACGUAAAUCUUCACUCUCAGGAGUGAUCAUAAAGGAAUUUCUCAUUUCAGUGACUCUAAAUUUCCAAGCAGAAGGGUGAUGAGAAGAGAGAAAAAUAUCAACAGGGAAUACUGUUUGACUUUAUGAACACUAAAUUCUCCGAUCUCAAAUGAUAUUAACAAAAAGAAACGGUUGACAGUGCAGAGAAUUGAAAUUUAGAUCUUCAGAGUGAAGAGGCCGAAUGAGCUUUAACAAAAGCCAUGAAGUUUUGUUUUUUAUUUUUGUUUUUAUUUCUUUUUCUUGAAUGUAAAUGAAAGGUUCAAUCUCAUAUUCACAAAACUAAUAAUUAUGAAAAUAAUAGUUGUAAUUAUAAUAAUAAUAAUAAUAAUAAUAAUAAUAAUAAUAAUAAUAACAACAAUAAUGGGAAUUUACCAUGUAGCAGUGGAUAUUCCAUGAGGUGGCUCUUCUUUUUCACUGUUUCCAGAAAAGAUAUAUUUCUUGAAAGAAAGGGUAUUCUGUAUAUUAUAUCAAAUAUAUUUCAGAUUUACUGAUGAGGUAUGUAAUGUGAAUACUGUAUAUUAACGAAUCAGAGUUAUUCAGAUCUGAAAAAAAUGAAAAUGUUUUGCAUUCAAUUUUUACCAAGAGCAACAAUGGUAGCAAGGAUCAAAGGAAAACCUACAUGGACUACAAAGCUUGGGAAAGAGGUCGUAGGAAAUUUCACGCCACACUACGAGAAAAUGUAACGAAAAUGUUUGUACAGUAUUUAUAGUUGUUUGCUGCCUAUUUAGUCAAUGUGCUUAACAUUGACAUUAAGUUGAAAUGCAUUGAAGUAAAAGACUCUUACUUCGCUGUCAA